AGCCAGGAUAGCAGACAACUGCUAGCUCCAAGCCUCCAAGUAAUUAUUUGGUGAGGAAGCCACCUCGGAUCUGGUGGGUAAAUGGGCCCGUCUUAUCACAUAUUGUGAGAACAUACUUAACAUGCGUGGAUGUUGGAUAUGGUUCCAGUUUGGACUUGUUGAUAGAAAGAGAGAGAAAAAUGGCUGCUACUGCUGGAAGGGUCUUUCUUGUUCAGCCAUUCUCUUCUAAUCUAUCCUUUCACGGCAACAACAUUUUUGGUUCCUCAUUGGGUGGCAGAAACACUUUAUGGUCUGCUAAACCAGGAGCUACUCAACGCUAUCUGCAGACAGUGGUUCGAGCCCAGCAGCGACCAACAUGGCUUCCGGGGCUUGACCCCCCACCUUAUCUUGAUGGAACUUUGGCUGGAGAUUAUGGAUUUGAUCCGCUAGGACUUGGAGAGGACCCUGAAAGCUUGAAGUGGUAUGUCCAGGCAGAGCUGGUCCACGCUCGCUUCGCCAUGGCCGGAGUUGCUGGCAUUCUAUUCACAGAUUUGCUUCGUGUGACAGGGAUUUCCAAGUUCCCAGUUUGGUAUGAAGCAGGUGCAGUGAAAUUUGAAUUUGCAAGCACAGGAACUUUGUUGGUUGUCCAGUUACUUUUGAUGGGAUUUGCUGAAACCAAAAGGUACAUGGACUUCAUUAAACCUGGAUCUCAAGCAGAGGAGGGUUCCUUCUUUGGAUUGGAAGAGGCACUAGAAGGGCUAGAGCCCGGGUACCCUGGAGGUCCCUUGCUAAACCCUCUUGGCUUGGCAAAAGACAUUAAAAAUGCUCAUGAUGAGAAGCUUAAGGAAAUUAAGAAUGGGAGACUUGCCAUGGUAGCUGUGGUUGGAAUAUUUGUACAAGCAUCAGUGACACACACAGGUCCAAUAGAUAAUCUUGUGGAGCACCUCUCCAAUCCCUGGCACAAGACUAUCAUUCAAACACUUGCCAACUCCAGUUCAUGAAUAGCCAUGGAAGACAGAUGGAAGGCCAUGACAUUGAAGCACACUACUUCAACAAUAUUCAGAGUAACCAUGGCAGAUCAUCAAGAUUUCUGCCUUAAUAUUUGUGCUUGUAAUAUUUUUGUUCAUUUGAAGCAUGUUUUUCAAUCAACUCAACACAUCAUUAUCCUAGCAAAAGUAGUAAAUGAAGUAAAGACAUUUGAAUCAA